AUAUACUUAUAUAUUUAAAGUUCUAUAAAAACAAAAUGUAACAAUAAUAUUUUAUUUUAUCAAAUAAAAAAUAAAACUAAAUUUCUAAUGAUUUUUUUUUAUAAUAAAGGAUGGUUGAAAUUGUUAAGUCAAUAAUUCCACGUUGACAAUGUAAUCCAGAGGCAAAAUCCACCCUAAACUUUCAUGUCCGAUUUCCUGCCGAGUAGGAUGAGGAAGAAGGUGUUGGUGACUGGUGCUUCGGGCUAUUUGGGCGGCCGCCUCUGUCACGCUCUCCUGAAUCACGGCCACCGCGUCACGGCAUUCGUCCGGCCAACUAGCGACCUCUCCUGCCUGCCUCACGCCGGCAGUGGCGGCGGAACUUUCGAAAUCGCUUUCGGAGACGUCACCGAUUACCAAUCGCUCUCGGAAGCCUGCUCCGGUUGCAGCGUCAUCUUCCACGCCGCGGCCCUAGUUGAGCCCUGGCUUCCGGAUCCAUCUAGAUUCAUCAACGUUAAUGUUGGAGGAUUGAAAAAUGUUGUACAAGCUUGGAAAUCAACAGGAUCUGUAGAGAAAAUCAUAUACACGUCCUCGUUUUUUGCGCUUGGAUCAACAGAUGGAUAUGUUGCAGAUGAAACUCAAACACAUUCUGGAAAAUUCUUCUGUACGGAGUAUGAGAAAUCUAAAGCAAUUGCAGAUAAGAUUGCAUUAGAAGCUGCAGCUGAAGGGGUGCCUAUAAUCGCUGUUUAUCCCGGUGUAGUAUACGGUGCUGGAAAGAUCACGGCUGGAAACAUCUUUGCUCGCUUGAUAAUAGAGCGGUUUAAUGGGCGUUUACCUGGUUACAUAGGCCAAGGAAAUGACAGGUAUUCCUUCAGCCACGUGGAUGAUGUCGUGCAUGGGCACAUUGCCGUAAUGGAUAAGGGUCGCCUUGGGGAACGAUAUCUUCUCACGGGAGAAAAUGCAUCCUUCAAAGAUGUUUUUGACUUGGCUGCGGAAAUCACUCACACAAAGAAACCUUGUUUUGCUAUCCCAUUAGCUAUUCUUGAAGUCUAUGGUUGGGUAUCAGUUUUCUUCUCCAGGAUAACAGGGAACCUUCCUUUGAUUAGCCCACCAGCAGUCCAAGCUCUAAGGCAUCAGUGGGCUUAUUCAUGUGAGAAGGCCAAGGCAGAGUUGGAUUACAACCCCAGAAGCUUAAAAGAAGGGUUGACAGAGGUACUCCUCUGGUUAAAGAAUUUGGAAUUGAUUGGGUACUGAUAUAAAUAUAAGGGAAAAAGACUAAAGUAAGAGUAAAACAUUGAAAAUAUACCAAAAUAGGACUUCCAUGUUUUUAUUCCCGAAAUAUGAGUUAAAAUGCACUUACAUUACCAAACGUGGUCAUGUACAUUACCAACCACAAUGCAAAAUCGUAUUUUGAAAAUAAAAAUUUGGAAGUCCUACUUUGGUAUUUUUUAUAUUUUAUUCUUAUUUAGAGUGAUUUCUAUAUAACUAUAAUUGUGUUAAAUGUGUGCGCGCGCUCGCGAGCACUAUUUCACCUCUCAAAACAAUUUUUGUACUCCACAUACAAAUAAUCUCCACCAAAUGACAUCAUCAUUCUGUUAAGCGAGACUUUUUGGCACCAUAAAUCAGGGUUAGUCAA